UCUCCACACUCUCCUCAUCCAACUCUCCGGACGGUUGUCCAUUCGACCAUCUGGAUUUCACCGCGUUGUUAAACCCUCACUCCACCUUCGUAGCCUCCUUCUUCGCCCUGCUCUCGAUCUUGGUAUACUUCACACCUGCACCAUCAUGAUCUCUGUUUCGUCGGCGAUACUGCUGUUUGUCAUCCUUCCUGCGCUUUCGCUCUAUGGCUAUCUUGUCAUGCUCCCCUCGCCACCGCUAUUCGCCUCGGUUUGCUCCCCUUCGGAUCCACAUUCACUUGCUCACCAGAGGUCUUCAACCUCGCCCAACGAACCUCGUGCGUCGCAGCAAUCUAAUGGCUAUGCGUCGGCCUCUCCCUAUCCUCGCGUUCUUGUGGUUGUCGCUCAUCCGGACGACGAAUGCAUGUUCUUUGGCCCUACCAUCACGGCCCUGACAUCGUCCAACGCCGACAAGGUCUUCCUGCUUUGCCUCAGCAGCGGCAACUACGAUGGUCUCGGGUCGAUCCGCAAGAAGGAGCUGGUGGAUUCAGCUUCCGAGCUUGGCAUCAGUCCAAGCCAUGUCACCGUGCUAGAAGAUAGUCGCAUACAAGAUCAUCCACAUGAUAUGUGGGACGCUGACAUCGUUGCUGAGGCGAUCCGGCUACAGGUCUCGCACCAUAACAUUGACGUUAUCGUCACAUUCGACCAAUUCGGAAUCACCAACCAUCCCAACCACCGAUCUGCUUUCCAUGGCGUGCGCAAGCUGAUCAGGUCCGGUGCAGUCCCAGACCCAACCUCAGACCAAGCUCAAGCAACCACUGCUUCAUCUGUCUUGGCAUUUUCCCUUGACUCGAUCUCUCUGGCGCGGAAGUACACUUCUGUCUUGGACUUGAUUCCGACUACUCUGCUGGCUUGGCUCAGAUCGCAACCGCAAAUCUCGACUGACGAGGGGCCCAACAGCCGAUACAGCGGGCAGCCGCUUGUAGUUGUAGCACCACCGUGGCACGUACAGAAGGGAUUUCGAGCCAUGUUUCGGCAUCGCAGUCAGUUGGUUUGGUUCCGAUACCUGUAUCUGGCCUCGUCGCGGUACAUGUUGAUCAACGAACUGCAUCAAAUCAAAUGAUCAAAGUGCCAUUGGGGCGAUAUCUAUGCAUUUAAUACAACGGACAGCCUUCAGCCAUCGCGAC